UCUGAGCAGGAAUGGAGGGGCACAGUUGAGACUGCCUUUCUGCAGGGGGGAAUGGGCUGCUGGCUGUACCCUCGAUGGGCUGGGGGGCUUGAAGGGCCCCAGGGAGAUGGAUGGGUCUCGGAGGGGGUGAGGCUUACAGUCCUAUGGUACAGGGAGGGGAUCCUGCCCCAGCAAAGGCUGUGGCCCUGCUCCUGAGCUGGCUGUGCUGGCUUCAGGCCACCCUGAUGGCCACAGGCCUGGCAACAUCCCGCGGCCACAAACCAGCUCGCAGCUGGCCAAAAAUAACAGCCCCUUCACACCUUGGGAGAGAGAAGCCAGGCAGCUCCCUGCCAGCACGCAGGCUGGCCCUGCUCAUCCGGGGCAGGAAUGCUCAGCCGGCAAUGUCACCCGCUCUGCUGCGGGCACCGGCACACGGAGGAGAAAGCCAGCAGUGCCGCCAUGCUUCCCACUGCCCUCACCCGCCCUGAGCGCAUGGAAAAGGCCCCUGCCUGUGGGGUUACUGGGAGCAGGACCCACUCAGGUCAGCACCACUCUGCCCUCACAGCUCGAGCCCACCCGGCUCCUUUGCUCCCUGUAUGUCCCAGCUGCUGCAAGCUGGCUGCGGGGCACGGGGACUGCCCCCCAGCCACAGGACCGCCCCACCGCUCGGCAUCUGACCGUGUCCCUUGGAUGCACUCGAUGCUGGAACGAGUUAAAGGCAAGCUAGGAGCGCCUUCGAAAGCCCGGCACGGUCCCAGCUUUGCCGCGUGCCCCGCAGUCACCUAGGGCUAGCCCUGCUUCCUGGCAUGGCCGCAGCGCUGCUCUGCCUGCGCUUCCACCUGCCUGCUGCUGCCUGGCACGUCCCUGCCCGCUCAGCCCCACACGCUGCCCCUGGGCCCUACGUCGGCACCCCCCGGCUGGCUCCUGCAGCUCCCCGCGGGUGCUCCUGGGGCUGGCGCUGCUAGCCUGCGUGCGCCCCGCUGUCCCCCUUGCCUCAGCCCUGCUGCCAGGGACAGCCCCGAGGCUGCCAGUCAAGGGACCCGCGUGCUCCGAGGGCUCCCUCUCCCUUCUGCUUCUCCAACCCUGCCUGCCUUUGCCGGGUUUCCCUCCCUUGGCCUUUCUCUUGUUCCGCUUUCACUCUGCUGCCUGUUUCCUCCCAUUUCCCUUCCCUCCGUCCUGCUGCCCGGGUGCCCAGACGUGUUCAGCCGAGGUGGCUUGCAGCCCGUGCCUCCUCUCCCUUUGCCAGGCUGUUUGUCUCACUCUCCCUUCCCCCUGCUUACAGCACUUCUGACACCAUGGGAUUAUUUUUCUUUUUCCCCUUGUCUUGUAGCUUUUGGCUCCCAAGGCCCUUGAUUUCCUUCGGAGUUUGGGAGGAGAGACGUGAGGAGGAGGGGGGGGGUGGAGAGGCUGCCUUUCCUAGGGCCUUCGUCAGAGCGAAGUGGUCAGGAAGAGCCGCAGCCCUUCCACGCCGGAGAGCAGCGAGGCGCCGGGGCAGGAGCCGCAGGAUCGCACCCCUCCACGGCAGACGAGAUGAAGCAGUUCUUCCUCCUCUUCCUCCUCGGGUUCAUCACCAGCUCCUUGCAGAUCGAAGACAACAAGAUCCCUGGGCUGUGCUCGGGGCAGCCGGGCAUCCCAGGGACCCCAGGCCUGCAUGGGGCCCAGGGUCUGCCAGGCAGAGAUGGACGAGACGGCCGGGACGGGGCGAUGGGGAUGCCGGGAGAGAAGGGCGAGAUGGGCCCUCCUGGAGCGCCCGGUCCCCGCGGGGAGGUGGGCAGCCCCGGCGCGGAUGGCCUGCACGGUGAGAAGGGGGCGCAGGGCGAGUGCGCGGUGGCCCCCCGCUCGGCCUUCAGCGCCAAGCGCUCCGAGUCGCGCAGCCCGCCGCUGGCUGAUCAGCCCAUCCGCUUCGAUGUCGUGCUCAUCAACGAGCAGGGCCACUACGACCCCACCACAGGCAAGUUCACCUGCGAGGUGCCCGGCCUCUACUACUUCGCCGUCCACGCCACCGUCUACCGCACCAGCCUCCAGUUCGACAUCAUGAAGAACGGCCAGUCCGUCGCCUCCUUCUUCCAGUACUACGGGAACUGGCCCAAGCCCACCUCGCUCUCGGGGGGGGCCUUGGUCCGCCUGGAGCCCGAGGACGAGGUGUGGGUGCAGGUGGGCGUGGGGGACUACAUCGGCUUCUACGCCAGCGUCAAGACAGACAGCACCUUCACCGGCUUCCUUGUCUACUCCUACUGGCAAAACUCCGCCGUCUUCGCCUGAGGCUGCCCUCGGCUGCGGCCGGGGCCAGGGCCGUGCCCCUUCCCGGCCACCGGCGCCCCUGGGACAGCGGUGCCAGGGUCCGGCCGCGUGGGAGCCGGGACACCGGCACCCUCGC